UGACCUUGACAGCCAGGCAGUAGAAUUCCCAACGUCAAACAUUUUCUCGGAGCCAGCCGGUAGUUGUGUAUAAUCAGCUGAGUAGAAAGCGACAUCAAUCACUUUGUAUUGACUCCAGUAUUCGUAAAAGUGUUCUGUGUCGUGGCGGGCAUUGACGUUUUCCCUUCUAGUUCGAUCACACAGUUCGUUUUCUGUUGCUGGGUGCUGUUAAUAGCGUAGAUUGCGCAACAAGGGUGCAACAUUCACAGGCACGGCUUCGAAAGUGACAAGCCGAUCCAGAAGUUUAUGCAACGGAGCGUUAUAUCAUUGACCAUUUCGAAAGCUAAACUAUUUUGGGAAAUAAUGGCUGCUGUAACAAGUGACGUAAUGUUCGUUUGUUUCAUGAUGAAUACAUACGUUUAUAUGUAAUGAAGGCAAAUCUCUUUCCUAUUAUGGCUGCCUAAAUAAAAGUGGUGUAUUUUGCCCCCUGCACCAGGGGGCACGAGUGCCUAAACACCAAGAAGUGCAAAGUGAAAAACACAACUUAAUAAAAAGACUGAAGAUUAAUCACUGUGAUUUGUAUCGGAGUAUUAAUUGUGCUGCCGCCAAUUACUAUACUCCGUGCAUGGCCAAUCUAGUCAAGAGCUUCCCAUUAAAAGUGCAAUGUGAAAGGCUGUUUCAAAGCCAUAUGGUGCUGAAUACAUAUGUAUAUAGUUGAGGUUUUGUUAGAGUGUGUGAAUGUGCAAUAAAGUUGUACAGCAAAUGAUUAUAUUUUUGUAAACAGAAGAGACAGAUGUUUGUUUGAAUGAGCAAGUAAUACAACAUUUUAUUUAUUCUUGAAAAAUAAGCUUCCUGUCAUUAACAUUUCUUUUUUUUGUGGCAGUGUUACUCUUGCAAGUAAAAAUAUCAUUAUAUUUGUUUGCAAUAAAUGUGUGGAUAUACAUAAGCUACGUGUUGUCUUGAAAACGUAAAAGAGGAAGCAGGGUCUGUUGGAGGUUUCUUUAAAAGAUAGCAGCAGUUCCACAUUUACCUCUGUCACAAUGAAUAGAUGUGCUUCAGAACGUGAGUGUCAUGAACAUUGUCGUUCACAACAACAUGGAAUGGAGAUCUGCAGUGUUGUUACCCGUCGUCAAUUAGGAGAUGAAUUAUUGGCGGGAUAUCUUCAGUGGCUAUGCUGCAGUUGUGGUCAAGUCAGCGACUACUUGGGUCGCACUGCUCUACAUAUGGCAGCAUCCUGUGGCCGAUAUAAUCUAGCAAGAUGGCUAUUGCAACAUGCCGGUGCAAAUGUGAAUGUUCGUGAUCUGGAGUCUGGCUAUACUCCCCUUCAUCGAAGUAUCUUCUAUGGUCAGCUGCAUAUUGCAAGCUUGCUUAUACAGAUGGGAGCAAGUGUGACUGCGAUGGACUUCGAACACUUGACGCCACUGGAUAUUGCUUUGAAAGAUCGCCUUCCCUUCGUUGAUCUAAGUCUUCGUAAUCCAUGUGAAGUAUAUGUAUGGGGAAGCAAUAGUAACUACACCCUGGGUACAGGAAAUCAACAGAACAGGUCUAUGCCAGAGCUCCUUGAAACUUUCCGUAAGCAGGACAUCAGCAUUAAACAGGUAGCCAUGCAUAAAUAUCAUUCUGUAUUCCUGAGUCAUGAUGGAAGCGUGUACUCAUGUGGGCAUGGACAAGGGGGACGACUGGGCCAAGGGACAGAGCAAGCUUCCCUCUCACCAAAACCAUUGAAGUUUCCCGAGUCAAAAGACAAAGAGAUGUGUACUCAGGUGGCUAUAGGACGAGACCAUACAGUCCUGCUCAUGGAAAAUGGAUCGGUUUGGACAUGUGGCUUGAAUGCCUAUCAUCAGCUGGGACACAUGCCACCACCUCCUCAUUUACUAUCUCCCAGGGAAGUGCCACAACGAUACUGUCGCUUGCCAGGAUCUGCACCACUCCGUGGUGUGUGUGCGGGACGUUUCCAUACUGUGAUGUGGGGAGAGAAAGGACUCCUCACUUGUGGUCUCCAUGCGGGUCAGCUCGGCCAUGUUAAAAGUCCAGAACACACUGUGUUGCAGCCCAGAUUGGUGUCUGCAAUGAAUCACAAAGAAUGUGAAAUAAUCCUGGUGGCAGCAAGUGAUGGCGCUACAGUUGUGGCUACAAAGAAAGGAGAUGUUUAUGUUCUCCACGAGUACCAGUGCCGUAAAAUUGCCUCUAGGCAGCUGGGAAUCACAAAGUUGUCUGUGAUAGGAGGACACUUGGAUGCACAUGUAGACAGCAAUGUUCUCAUGGACAAAGGUGGUGAAGAGUUGAAAGUAGCUGCACUCACUGAUAGAGGAACUGUCUUAGUAUGGCAAGAGUCGGCACCACAACUUUCCCGCUGUGUUUUUGUGAUAAACCGUUCACUAGAGGUUGCCGAUUUUGUAGCUAAUCGCAGUCAGUUGUUGUUUGUUACUAAAGAUGGUGAAGCAUUUGAGGGUGAAGUAAAGAUGAGAAAAGGCAGAAAAAAUGUACCUGACAAUAACAAGCAAGUCAAUGGCAUACAUGAAGAACCAAGAGAAUUUGUGAAAAUAAGAAGACUACCUCAUGUGCAUCGGGGAGUAAGCGUUGCUUCAGAUGUGAAAGGGAGGAAUUUUGCCAUUAUACAGGUACAUCCAAAAGCAGCUUUAUUAGAAUGUCCCCAAGUUACAACCAAUGAAAUGAAAGAGCAAAUGCUCAAUUUAUUACAGACUGCCCAUUCUGAAGAUCUAUUCAUGAUGUCAAUAUUUCAGGUGGGUGUUCGGGAGUUUCCAGCACAUCAGUACAUAGUGGCUCUGUCCAGUGAUACAUUGCUGCACAUGAUAAAACAAGAAAAGUCAAAUGAUGAUAAUGAAAAUAAUGUGUCUCGUGUGAAGAUUAAGAACAUUCGUCCUGAAAUAUUUGAACAAAUAUUGCAGUUCUUGUAUACUUCAGAUUGUGAUCUCCUGAAGCCAGGUCCUUGCAGUGUAGAGAUAACAAUUCAAGAAUCAAAAGAAAACAGCUGCCAGGUAUCUCAAAGACAUCAUGAUGUAUUCAAAGAGCUUGAUGUAAAUGAUAUGGAAAAUACUUCAGCAUUCAGUGUGUAUACUGAAAAUAAACAAAAGAAGAAAAUUAAAGCUACAAAGGAAGAAAUUCAAAUAGACUCAGAAAAGAGACAGAAUCCUGUUCGUCUAGCCCAGGAAGCAUCUAAGAAGCUAGGAAUUUUACUGCUUUACCAGAAGUUACAAGAAGUACGGUAUGAAGCUGGUUACAUACAUAUGAAAAACGGUAUUCAACCAUCACUGAGGCCCCGCCUAUCCUACAACAAAUAUCAAGAUUUGUUUGAUGUGAAAAUAAAGUGUGAAGAUGGCCGGGAGCUGCCUGCACAUAAGUGUGUGUUAGCAGCAAGGCUGCAGUUCUUUGCUGCUAUGUUCAGUAAUCGUUGGCUCGGGUCUUUAACAAGCAGUUCCUUGAACCUGCCAGUUCCUUAUAAGGUUCUGGAGGUACUGGUUCACUAUCUUUAUGAAGAUGAAGCACCUGCUGUUCUUGCUUCAGAGGAUAUUGACUUUAUAUGUAACACACUUGUCCUUGCAAACCAGUUGUUUGCUACACGGCUUUUGGAAAUUUGUGAAGUGGCACUUGCUAACUUGGUCACAUUACGGAAUGUGGCAGGUCUUCUUCAAUUGGCUGACACACACCAGGCAAACCAGCUAAAGCAAUGCUGUUUGCAAUAUAUAUGUUUGAAUUUAAGUGCAGUAUUGGAAUCAAGGUCAUUAGAAGCUGCCAGUGAUAACAUUUUGGAAGAGCUAAGCAAGUACUAUUGCGAGUUAAACCCUGCAUUGUGCAAACGUAUUAUCACACCAUACUCAAGUGCACCAAGUGAAGAGGUCGUUCAGUCAAUAGCAGGAUCUCAUCCAUUCACCUUUGACUUGGAUAAAGAUCCAGAUUCACCUGAUACUGCUGCAAAGAAGUUGGUAAAAUCAACCAAGAAAAAGAUUAGAAUUCGCAAAAUAAGUGAGGGAGGAAAAUUAAAUGAACGUUCUCGGAAUGAAUCUAUUUCAUCUAAUGCAUCUUAUAAUUCAGAUGAUGGCGAUACAAAAGGUGUACAUUUAAUGCUAGAAAAUCUAACAGAAAUAAAACAUGAAGAAGCAAGAGAAGAUUGUUUGGAUUCAUCUCAAAAUACUAGUGAUAGUCAGUCACCCAAGAAUACGAACUCUUCCUCAUGGGUUAAAAUAACUGGUAGCAAUAAACAUCAAAGGAUAAUAAAAGCAAGAUUAAAAGCAAUCUCUUGUGCUCAAGAAAUAUCAACAGAAAAUCAUGGAGAGGCCUUUGAAAAAUUAGUUUCUAGUUCACAACACUCAGCUGGAGAUUUCCAAGAACAACAAAAAACUGUUAUUGUUCCGCACAUUGUGCGAGCAACAGAUAAUUUGGAAAAUAGUGGGCACAAAAUGUGUGAAAAUGAUUUCCCAGAAUUAUGCAGGUCACCACCCCAACAUGAAAGUCAUUUCGUCAAAUCUGGGAGCAGAGUAAGUGAAAUUAGAAAGAUAACGAAGGUAUCCCAAAAACAGUUGAAGAAACAGGCAGAAUCUGGCACAUCUCCGAGAACAGAACCUAUGAAGGUUAAAUUGGCAUGGAACAGUUCAGAUGCACACAGUGACAAUUCUUUGUCUCUGACUGAUAUUAUGAGAGAAGAAGUCAAACAAAACCGUCACUGCACUGAAAUGAUUCCAGCACAGAAUAAUGAGCUUCCAAGAUCUAAAAUCAUAACAAGGCACACUCAAGAAGUAACUCUUAACAAUCCUUGGACGAAGCCUCUCUCUGUUUCUCCAGAUUCCCCGAAAUUUUGUGACAUUAUAGCAGAUGAGAGAAAACAGAGGGAAAACUGGACAAAAAUGCGAGCAAAGCCUCUUGAGCUUACACAGCUCGAAGAUAGAGCAAUUGAAGAUUUGCUUGCAUUCUACAAUGCUACAGAAUCAACAGAUGAACGCAUUUCAGUUCAUCGAGUAAUCACAGAUGUGGUAGCUGCUCCUGUAUGGAUUACAUCACAGUCUCAUGGACAGUGAACUACAUUAUCAGAGUACAAUAAUUCGUUUUAUGACAAAAAUUAGUUGCAGUUACAAGUACAGUUAUGUCAAUGUCAUUAAAAUGUAUUUAAAAGUUUACUUUUGUAUAACUGUGUAGCUGGAAGGUCUCUGUCUUGUAGCCCUAAUUUUUCUCUUUGUGAGUGAAAAAUCUAUCUGAAGGUAGUGAAGUUGUUCUUGUAAAGAGUAUGUCACAUAUAUUUUUAUAAUUUAGCCUUUGUAAUGUAAUGUCUGUAUUAGUCUCUCUUGAGUCUGUAUAAUUCAUUGUUAUCUGUAAUUCUGCAUUUAGUUACUGGUUAUCUUGCCUUGUAAAAUGCUGUUCAGAUUCUUAGAAAUGUACAAGUCUCAGUCAAAAGGUAAUGCUGCCACUUUUUUUAUUUUAUUUAUCAAGAAUUUCAAUGCAACUACAUAAGUUGAAAAUCACAUAAUUGAUGUUUAACUUACGAGUUCAUUUCCCCAGUUUUAGUCUAUCUUUUAACAAAAACAUGUAUUCCAUUGUUAUAAAGUGCAUGGUCUUGCUUCUGAUAUCUUGAUGCAUGAAUGUUUCCACAGCCCUCAUCCCACUAUGAGCUGCUUUUAGCAGCAAACAAAUGGUAGUCACCAAAUGAAAAUUCUGCAGGGGGGAGGGGCAGUUGUUUAUCUUGUCUCUCUAUUCUGGCUGUUUAAUGUUCUUGGUUGGUACCCAAGUUACGAAACUUUUGAGUUUUAUCAGUUGAAUAAUUGUCACCACACUGCAUUUACUGAUGGAAGUAAUGCAACACAAAUCAUCUGCAGUCACUCAAUUGCAAUUGUCAUCACAGAUUACACCAUUGACUUGCUGAAUGUUCUGCAGUCACUGGUCUGCUACUCUUCCUCACCCAACGGUGUUUGCCCUUCAGGUUUGUUGCGGUGACGAACUCAUCUAAUGGUACUAAUGUCCACUCUUGCAUCAACAUCACAACUUUUCAGUCCUUCGUGAAUGCGAAUUAGCAUUUCAUCUUCUGAAUUCAAGAAUUCUAUCACAGAAUUAUGUCUGAUAUGAACAUCAGUGUCUGCCAUAUUGCCAGCAACUGCAGUUCUGGCAUCUGUUGAGAAAGGUAGUACUGCAGUGGACUAGAGCCACAGCUAUGUGGAAUAGUGCCAGAUUCAAAUUUUUCAUUUGAUUAGCUCUAUUCAGGGAGGAAAAAAGUAGUUGCCAUUAAUUUUUGACUGACCCUUGUUCACAAGAGAAUAAGCAUUAUUAUGAUGUAAAAAAGUAUAUUGAAAUUUGAGUUUUGAUGCAUUAUUUACAUGGAGAAAGUCACAUGUAAUUUCAGUGCCUUAUGUAGAAGAUACUCACCAAGUCAAAAAAAAAUUCUUUCAGUGCCCUUAAUUUAAAACAGUGAAAUAACUGUAUCAUGUGUGAUAACCAAUUGCAUUUCAGACAUAUGUCUAAACAAAUGAUGAGCUGAACUAGAUUGCUGUCUUGUGUUUUAGAGUUGGUAUUGUGCAAUAACAAGGGGAAAAAUGAGUGUAUUACAUAUUUACGUAAUAAUACUCAAAGAUACUCGUUUUGAGUUCUGAACAAUGUUUACGGUGGUUCUAAUGGCAGCAACUAUUUGAGGCAUGUCAGUUUCAUUCAAGAAUGUAGUGCCAUUUUAUAGUGAUAUUUACAUCUGAUUUAAUUGCUAAGAUAGCAGUGCUUGAUAAUAUUUGCAAAACAUUCUUCUUAAUUGACUUUAAUGAACUGCUGCUGCCACUACCACCAUUAUUGGCAAAAGUGCUAACAAACACAGAGUAGAAGUUCCUUUCUGAAGAGGCAUUAUAUGUAUAUGGUAUUUUUUUUAACUGGAUUGAGAUUUUCAUGGCUUAGCAGUUAUUUCUUUGGGCAAAAAGCUGUUACUCUUCAUGCUUUUUAAUGAAAUUUCUAUGAAACUGUUUUUGUUGUAUUUUAGAAAUCACUCAAGAUGUACUUGUAUAGACACUAAUUAUUACAAAUGCAGUAUUUAUUACUGAAGUUGCUACUUGUUAUUGUGGUUGUGGUAUGUAAAAGCAUUGACUACAUAUCGUACAUACUGAUCUGAAGCACUAUGCUUAUCUGCAUAUUACCAAAAUAUUUUUUGGUAAAACUGUACUUUUCAUGAAAACUAUUUGCAAUUCUGUAUUGAUGUAGUGAACUAAUUGCUAAAUGGCAAAGAAAAAUGUUGAAGGAAAUUACCAGAAUAAAUAAUACAGUCAGUUAUUUAAUUCUGUUAUUAAAGUCAUUUUCUGGAUCAAUUUCAGAAGAAUAUGAAAUUGGCAUUUCGGUACUUAAUAAUCAAUAUUCUGUAUGAUGUAGCACAUGUAACAUUUCAAAUCGAUUGUUGUAUUUACACAAGGAAGCUAAUGUUUCAAGAAUUCAUAAAAUGUUUUGAAUAUUAAGAGUGUGGUGAUAGAAUGUAGAGAUUGUGUGCUCAUUGAAAUAGUUUGGAUAGGAAAGUGUGUUUGUGUUUCAUAAUAUGGUGCUCUAAAAGUAGUGAUGUGUCUACCAGAAAGCAUUGUAGAUUUUAUGCUGAUCUCAUACUAUAGGAAAAGCUGUAGUUUUUUGUUUAGAAUGGAAACUUGCCUUUAUUUUCACCAAGCAUAGUGGUGCCUUAAUUAUUGGGUGAAGUUCACAGGAAAUCUGGGACCACUCUGUUUAACAGUAUUGAGUACUGUUAUACAACACAAUGCUGAAACGCCACCCACAUGAAGCCCUGAAAAAUUGUGGGGCUGCUUUUAAAGUAACACGUAUUCUUUCAAGCAGUGCGAAUAAUUCUGCUGUCAGUAUGGAAAAAAAAUUCCUUCUGUCUCUCUUGUUCAGAUAAUAUUUAUGCAAUGGCAUGAAUUUGUUCAUGUAAGUUUAUCAGUUGUUUUGCGUGAUACAAUGUAGAAUAUUGUAGGUAUUCACUAGAGUAAGAGCAGACAAAUAAAUUUUGUAAUCAGCA